GGUCCAACUCGGCGGCUUCUUUGUCGUUGCUUCGUUGAAGGUUCGCUUGCUCCUUUCGGCUUCAGGUUCCCGAUCUGUAGAACCACCAGUAUCGAUAUUACUCCCUGUGAAGCAACAAUUCCGAUCUGCUUUGUGGAUCCCCGAGAAACUGGUGGUAGAAUCUUCUUUUCCGGGAAGAUUCGUCGAUUCGGUCCGGUUUAUUGAUUCCCGGGAUAGACGGAUCUGGUGGUGCUGCCGCUGCAGGGUCGGCUCUAGGGCAUCUGAUUCUGAUACUAGAAGCGCUAGGGUUUGGUGAUCGAGUCUCGGAUAUUUGAUUUUUUUUGUUGGUAAUCGAUGGCGGAGACCAGGCGUUUUUCACUGACCCCUCAACUGGAUAUUGAGCAGAUACUUCUGGAAGCACAACAUCGCUGGUUACGACCUGCUGAAAUCUGUGAAAUACUUCGGAACUAUCAGAAAUUUCGUAUUGCACCAGAGCCACCGAAUAAACCACCAAGUGGAUCUCUUUUCCUCUUUGAUCGUAAAGUAUUGAGAUACUUCAGGAAGGAUGGCCAUAACUGGAGAAAGAAAAAAGAUGGAAAGACUGUGAAAGAAGCUCAUGAGAGGCUAAAAGCUGGAAGUAUUGAUGUGCUUCAUUGCUAUUAUGCUCAUGGUGAAGAAAAUGAAAAUUUUCAAAGACGGAGUUAUUGGAUGCUGGAAGAGGACUUCAUGCACAUUGUUCUUGUUCACUAUCUUGAAGUCAAGGGUCAUAAACCGAGUUACAGCCGUACUAGAGAUGUUGAAGAAGUUCCCCGAGUUAACCAUAUGGAUAGUCCUGUCUGUUCUAAUUCCAUCACAAGUCAGAGUCAGCUGCCAUCCCAAGGAACAGAUGUUGAUAGCCCUAACAGUGCACAUACAUCAGAAUAUGAAGAUGCUGAAUCAGCAGAUAAUCAUCCAACAAGUUCCAGAUACUACCCUUUCCUUAGGAUGCAGCAGUAUGAUGCUGGACAAAUGAUGAGUGUUCAGCUCUUGGACCCUUAUGUUUCGGAUCCUUCCAUAGAUAGUAACCGUGGUUUUCAGGGAACACAUGAUGCGGAACCAAAAUCAGAUUUUUAUUCAGUUACUCAAGAGGAUAUAAGUAGAGUAUUUGAUGAAACAGGUCUUGGGUUAUCAUUUAGGGGGUCCAAAACACAGUAUGAUCUGACAUCAUGGGAUGAAGUCCUGGAGCAUUGUGCAACUUCAUUUCAGAUGCCAUCUUUUCAAUCAUCUGUUGGUUUUACAGAGCCUCCAGUGGUGGAAAAUAAUAAUAAACUUGAAUCUUCGAUACUUGGAGAUUUAUAUGAUGGGAAUCACAGCACCAGGCCAGAUGGCUCUGGUGUGUUAGACAAGCCAGCAUGGCAGCUUUCUAAUCCUGACUCCGAGUCAGCUGUUACGUCAAAUAUUAAUGUGGAAAAUGGGACAUCUGUAUCUGAAAGUGUCGAUUGCCCUUCCAUUGUGAAACAACCAUCAUUGGACCUUUCGAUUAUUGAAGGUGAAGGCCUAAAGAAGUAUGAUAGCUUCACAAGGUGGAUGAGCAAAGAACUUGGAGAAGUUGAUGACUCACAUAUGAAAUCAAAUUCUGGGGUAUACUGGAGUGCUGUAGGAAGUGAUAAUGUUGUUGAAGACUCUAGCAUUUCAAAUCAUGAACAUUUAGAUGCAUAUAUAAUGAGCCCCUCGCUUUCAAAGGACCAGCUUUUCAGUAUAAUUGAUUUCUCUCCAAACUGGGCGUAUACUGGUUUGGAGACUAAGGUUUUAAUUACUGGGACAUUCUUAAAGAAGAAAGAAGACCUUGGAAAAUGUAGAUGGUCAUGCAUGUUUGGGGAAGUUGAAGUUCCAGCGGAGGUUGUAGGAGAUGGAAUUCUUCGCUGCCAUGCUCCACCACAUAAAUCUGGAAGGGUACCUUUUUACGUCACCUGUUCCAACAGAUUGGCUUGCAGUGAAGUGAGGGAGUUUGAAUUUCGUGGAAGUAAUGCUCAUCCUGUGGAAAAUAUAGGUUCCUGCAUUUAUAACACAAAUGAAAUGCUACUUCAUAUACGUCUUGAUAAGUUACUUUCUUUGGGUCCAAUUGACUACCAAAAAAUAGAUCCAGAGAUAUUUAGGAAGAAAGCUCAUGUGAGAAGUAAAAUUAGUUCAAUUAUGAUGGAUGCUGCUGAUGAGUGUUCUUCUCUGCUUAAGCUAGCUGAAAGAGAAGGAUGCACUGCUGACUAUGUAAAGGAUCAGUUGCUUGAAGCACUAUUACGAGAGAAGUUGGUUACUUGGCUUCUACACAAAGUGGCUGAAGAUGGUAAAGGCCCCAGCAUGUGGGAUACUGAGGGGCAGGGCGUGAUACAUUUAUCAGCUGCUCUUGAUUACUAUUGGGCCAUAAAACCAAUAGUGACUGCUGGUGUUAAUAUUAAUUUCAGAGAUGUACAUGGGUGGACAGCCCUUCACUGGGCAGCAUUUUGUGGAAGGGAGUGGACAGUUGGUACCCUCAUUGCAAUGGGUGCAGCACCUGGUUUAUUGACAGACCCAUCCCCUGAGUUUCCUUCAGGAAGAACACCUGCAGAUUUAGCAUCAGCAAAUGGUCACAAAGGCAUUGCUGGUUUCCUGGCAGAGUCAUCUUUGACAAGCCAUCUUUUGGCCCUCACUAUAGACACUAAAGAAAGUGAUCUACCAGAAAUUGCUAGCUUGACGGGUAUUGAAGAUGAUGCAGAACGGAGUGCUCUUGAGGUUGCUGAGGGAGACAUGCAGGCCGGACUUUCACUGAAGGACACAUUAAGUGCUGUUCGGAAUGCUUCUCAAGCUGCAGCUCGCAUUUACCAAGUUUUUAGAGUGCAGUCAUUCCACAGAAAGAAGAUUGUUGAGUAUGGAGAUGACAAGUCUGGAAUAUCAGAUGAACAUGCACUUUCACUUAUAUCUAUCAAGUCACAUAAAUCAGGACAAUAUGAUACGCCUCUGCAUGCUGCUGCCAUUCGUAUACAAAACAAGUUCAGAGGAUGGAAAGGGAGAAAGGAGUUUUUGAUUAUUAGGCAACGGAUAGUCAAGAUCCAGGCUCAUGUACGUGGCCAUCAAGUGAGGAAACGAUAUCGAAAAAUUGUGUGGUCAGUAGGAAUUGUGGAGAAAGCUAUAUUGCGUUGGAGGCGUAAAGGAAGUGGCUUACGUGGCUUUCGAUCUGAAGGUCUUUUGGAGGGCACUACCAUGCAAUGUCAACCUAAAAAGGAAGAUGAUUAUGAUUUCUUGCAAGAAGGCAGAAGACAGACAGAAGCUAGAAUGCAGAAGGCACUUGCAAGGGUGAAGUCUAUGGUUCAAUAUCCAGAAGCUAGAGAUCAGUAUCGAAGACUUCUAGCUGUUGUUACAGACUUCCAGGAGUCCAAGGCAAUGGAAGAAAGCAUUGACAAUGAGUCAGAGGAGAAUGCAGAUGGGGAUUUCAUGGUUGAGCUAGAAGAGUUCUUGGAAGGUGACACGCUGAUGCCCAGUGCUUGAUGAGGUUGAACUUUAUUUGUAAUUCAUAUGUUAAAUAUUUGCAUCAUAGUACCACCUCUAGUCCAUUAACUGCUACUGUAAAUCAUCCUCCACUAAUCAUAACCUCCUAGAUACAGUUAAGUUGCAUUUGGCGUGUGUCAUGCAUGUAGCUGAUAUAUUAUGAGCAACAAUAAUAGCUGUACUGAAGGGCUGGAAUGAACUCGAAUAUAGUUUGUACAUUGUACCAUGGACAAGCUGGGAGUUACAUACAUAAAUUAUUAAUGUAGUUUGUGCCGUGGAGAAAAAAAUUGGUAUUGCAUACUA